AUGAUCUACUUGUCCUACGAGCUCCUCGACGCAAUACUCGCUUACCUUCCUACACGAAAGAAGUGGCUUCUCCGACGUACCUGCAAAGCCUUCAACGACGUCCUCCUCCAGCAGCUCUUCAAGAUGCUCCGCAAACUCCAGCGCGCCUGCAAGACGCUCCCCGGAAACGUCAAGUUCCUGCCUCACGAGAUGGAGCACUUCUAUAACUUUCUCCUCCAAGCCGGACUAUACGAAGGACUCCCCCGCGUCACCGAGUCGCACAGAUACGAGUGGGGAGACAAGUACCAAUAUCCGCACGAACCCUACGACCACCUCCCGUUCACGCUGACGCAGGCGAGCAAGAUGCACAACUCUCUGUACGCUAGCGUUUGCGGACUGAUGAUGCUGCAUCUGUACGAUAUGCAUCGCGAAGAGGGCGUGAUGGGGGUGUGCGGGACGUGGGCUGUGUACUGCAGUUAUUGCAACUCUCGUCGGAGUGCGGUCCGCGACUGUCCUGACGGGUUCAGGGGCUGCGGUGCGAUGAUGAGCCUGAACAGAAACAUGGCGCGUUGUGCGUACUGGUACACGGCGAGAAUGUUCCAAUCUGUGCGGAUGUGGGAGUAUCAGUCCUAUCUCGAGCAGGCGUUUGGUGUGUAUGAGGCUAUAGAGGCCAUUGAGAGGAGAUGUGAGCACUUCAACGCAGUCAGAAGACGCGAAUAUCAAGAGGCAAGACCUUGGGGAAUCUGGAGACCACCACGCUGGCCAUGA